AUGACAAGCAUUCCAUAUACCAUCUUGCAACUUGCAUUCUCAGUCCACCAAGUUGUAGUUAGCAGCCAGCAGAACAACAUUCUAUUUGACUUCUAUGGUGACAAGUAUUUGGAAAGGGAAGAGAGGCAAAUGGAAUCAAUUGUUUCUUCAAGGGGUUGGCGAAUUGCUGCUCUGGUCUUGAGGGUCUUAACAAUCCUUUUACUACUUGUUUCCUUUGUAAUCCUUCUCACUAAUGUUCUUAAAGUAACUUACACUGAUGGUCGGACCAAAUCUUUCCAUUUCUACGAUGUUGUCGGGUUUAAGUAUAUGGUUGCCACUAUUUUUUUGGGACUUGCAUAUUCAAUUUUGCAAACCAUCUUUGCAAUUGGCCGUAUCAAGAAUGAAAAUUAUGAUGGAAGAUUGUUAUUUGACUUUUACGGUGACAAGGUAAUUUCAAAUCUAUUAGCCACAGGUGCUGCAGCAGGGUUUAUUGCUACAAGAGAAAGGCAGGAAAGUUUUGGUGAAGCAGGAAAAUACUAUCAGAAACAUUUCAACAGGUCUUAUGCAUCAGCGUGCAUUCUUCUGCUUGCCUUUGUAUGUACUCUCAUAUUGUCUGUUAUAUCUUCCUACGCACUUCCUAAGAGAGUCAACAAUUAA